AAUAGGCGAGUAUGGAUCCAAAUCCGGAACCGGCGAGUUCCGGUGACGAAAACAACAAUGAUGUGUUGGAGUAUAGAUCGUUCGCUAGAAUAGGGUUUCUGGGAAACCCUAGCGAUGUUUACUUCGGCCGCACGAUAUCCUUUACCAUCGGCAAUUUUUGGGCAUCGGCUAAACUAGAGCCAUCCGACCAUCUCUUGAUCAAGCCUCAUCCUUUCCAUGACCUUGUCCGCUUCGACUCUCUCGAUAAUCUCGUUUGUCGAUUGAAAAAUGAAGGGUACUACGGAGGUGUAAGGUUACUAAUGGCAAUAUGUAAAGUAUUCCGCAGCUAUUGCAAAGAUAAUGACAUUCGUCUUCAUGACAGAAACUUCACUCUAUCUUAUGAUACCAAUAUCCCUAGACAGACGGGGCUUUCGGGUUCUAGUGCAAUUGUGUCUGCCGCUCUAAGCUGCCUACUUGACUACUACAAUGUCAGGCAUUUAAUAAGGAUAGAAGUUAGACCUAACCUUAUUCUUAAUGCCGAGAAAGAACUUGGUAUUGUUGCAGGUCUUCAAGACCGUGUUGCUCAAGUCUAUGGUGGUGGUCUUGUUCACAUGGAUUUUAGUAAAGACCAUAUGGAUAGAGUUGGUUAUGGAAUUUACACAAUAAUGGAUAUCAACCUUCUUCCUCCUCUGCAUCUUAUCUAUGCUGAGAAUCCUAGUGACUCUGGGAAGGUUCAUAGCACGGUUCGUAGAAAGUGGUUAGAUGGUGAUGAGUUCAUAAUAUCAUCAAUGGCAGAAAUUGCAAAACUAGCAGAAGAAGGUCGAACUGCAUUACUAAAUAAAGAUUACACCAAGCUCAAAGAACUCAUGAACCGUAACUUCGACCUUCGAAGGAUUAUGUUUGGAGAUGAAUGUUUGGGAGCUAUGAACAUAGAAAUGGUGGAAGUGGCACGUAAGAUCGGUGCAGCUGCAAAGUUCACUGGAAGCGGAGGAGCUAUGGUGGCUUUCUGCCCCGACGGGCCAUCUCAGGUCAAACUUCUCGAAGAAGAAUGUAAGAAAGCUGGAUUCAUUGUUGAGCCAGUAAAGCUUGUCCCUACGCGUCUGAACAAUUCUGAUCUUAAGACUUUAUCAAAUCCCUGAGCUCAUUACUAGAGCAGUAGAACUCUUAGACUAAGAAAACACAACUUGGCUCUUUAGGUUGUAGACUUGAGCUUAGUACAUGUCAUAAAGUUUACAUUUCUCUUGAUUGUGUCCAAACUACAUAUUUGUUAUCCUAUGUUUUAGACUAAUGUAUUCUUUAAAACUUUCACAAUUAUUA